AGGUCGGUCUCGAUGCAUGAAUGACGCCACAAAAUGCCACUAUGCUGCUGUGCCUCUGGCAAGAAGACAAAGUGCAACUGGGUGUGGACUUUCAGCUGCACCUGUUCGCUGGCGGCCGUCGUCAUGACGGUGGUCAUUUACUUCCGAGACCGACGCGUGAGCGGCGAGGUGUACCCAGGCUACGUGGUCGAGAGCGCCGCGUUCAACGCGCCGUUUCGGUUGCCGCGAAGUGGCGCCUACCGGAUGGCGACGGCGUCCGGCAAAUUGCUUAUUCAGCCACCCGAGGGCGCCUGUGCCAAGGCGUUUGCCGGAGACAACGGCAGCGCCCCCCGGGAGGGUUACGUGGUCGUAGUGCACUCGGCGCCGCAUCACUUCGAGCACAGGUCCGCCAUUAGAGCGACGUGGGCCAGGGACGUCAGCAUGCCUUUGAACAGUGGCAAUGUCAGAAUCGACGCCCUGGUGCUUUUUGCCAUGGGCAGGCCCGGUACUUCACCGCUGCAGCAUCAGACUCAGGUCAGAAUUGCCACAGAAGCGGCCCUACACCAGGACAUUAUCCAGGGCUCCUUUCCCGGCACCUUCAGUGCGUCUCUGCCGCUCAACGCUAUCAUGCUCAAGUGGGUGUCCGUAGCGUGCCCGCAAGCGAGCUAUGUCGUCAAGGUUUCAGACGACUCCUUCGUCAACAUGCAACUGCUACGCGAGACCCUCGGGGCCGCACAGCUUCGCAGCUCUGUCGUCUACGCUCAUAUCUACCGCAAGCCAUCGGUGUGGAACGGCCACAAACUGUCGUUCAUCAGGGACAACAUCUGCGUACCAUGUGGCUACGCGAUGAGCGGUGACACGGUGCUCGAUCUCCUGAACCGGACGACACGCGGUGGCUUCACUAGCGUCGAGCAUCUCUUCUGGAAUGCCACUCAGGACCGCGUCGCACCGCUGAGGCUCGUUAACAUGCAGGCGUUCUCCACCACUCGCGGUGCGGGUUCGAGCCCUUUUCCGUGCGGCGUAAGGGACGCCAUAGCGAGCCAUCACUUGAGCGCGGGCGACAUGCACGAGGCCUGGAAGGUGUUGCACAAUGGCACAGCAUCGUGCGCCGACAAACGCACUGAAUCGGAACUACGUGAGCCAUAGAAUCUGGCACUCCUGCCGGAUGCCAGCUUCCGUGACGUAGAUUGCGAGAACGACAAAAUGUCACUAAUUUUAGCCUAGUAUCUGCAGGCAUCAUUAAGCUAAUUGCGAUUUAUUUGCAGCACCCUUACAUUUAAGUAAUGCUGCUGAUAUAGACUAACAAAAUAUGUCGUCUAUGACGGCGUGUAUGACCUUCCGGGUGCCACAAAAUGAACAGAAUAAAUUAUAAACGGUUAUUUAGCUCGUCUGAUGCGGAUUACGAAGCAUUGGCGCCUUGUAAGGCGAUGUAGGCAGCUUGCUAUGAAUGGGAUAUCUUAAUGCAGGUUAUCUGCUUUAUAACGAAAUUUAAAACACUAGCAUGACCGGUACAGACAUAUUACAGACGCACAACAACAAUCAAUAACAAAAUCCGAGGUAAUUAGCUCCCUUACCAAGUGGCGUCAAUUAUAACCACAAAAUUGACAGCACUUGUUGGCCCGAAAACACCCUAUAAGAUUGCUCUACAGCGAAGUGUGCCUGCUUUGUCUUUGGCAAGGCAGAACUUCCUCUCCUUUCGUGCUACCUAGCUCACAUUACAACAACGAACUAUUUGCUCCUUGUAUUCCUAGUAAAAUGUGUUCUUUCCUCUUUGAA